CCUAAUCAGGGCCAUCUCGUGUGAAAGCGACGAAACUUCCGAGACUAUAGUUGCAACGACAAACCCCACUGAGCACAGCAGCAGACCGACCGACGAUAGUACCGAGCCAUCUACAUCCAGCAAUAACGACGAGUCAACACCGGAACUCACCACCCCACCGAUACCUCAGGAACCUCUUACUGCCACUCCCGAAACUUUUCAAGUGGUGGUGAUCCGUAAAACGAUUAUCCCAACGACUCCUCCUCCGACACUACUGCCCGUGCAGCCAUCGCGGAAGGCACCCGAUGGCACACUGAGUACGCCAACGACUGGCACUACAGUGAACUCGGUUAGUGUUUCGGCCAUGACCGACGGUAAUAAGCAGGCAACAUCCCCCAGUCUAAACGGAGACUCGGCCGUGACUACAUCAGGUGGGUCAAGCCAAGAAAAUGCAAUCGACUCGUCAGCUUCUACUGGAUCUACACCAAAGAAACCAGCGACUGCGAGCGCAUCCAGCACUUCCAAGGACACUUUUAGGGAUGUGAUCAUCAGCUCAAUCACCAGAAAUACUAGCAGCAAUGCGGAAAGUGGUAGUUCUUCCAACGAUAUUAUUCUGAAUGGCGCGAGCGAUUCCCGGGAUUCGCUUUCGAGUAGCUUGGACAAUGUGCGAAAUAUUACCAGUGGCGAGAGCGUUCACCUCAGUUCAUCCUCGGGAGAUGAAAUCGGAAAUGAAGGUGAGGACCAAUCAAGCGGAUCCGACAAUAACUCGGGCUCUCCUCGUGCUACUCACUGGGUCACAUCUGCGUUUACCAUUGUGAUGAUCACAGCUUACGCAAUUAUAUAAAUCGCCCACAUAGAUUUAAGAUUUUGCCAGACGUCUUGCAUUACAUCCCUUUGCAAUAUCCCCC